AUCAGCACCACUGAACUCCGUCUGCUGAUCAUAACCUGCUGCUUCAGUUUGUUACAACACCUUGAUCACCAUCAUGGGUGGAUUCUGAGCAGCAUCUUGUCUAUUUGAAUUGAGGAAAGCUGCGGUAUGGCGGCAGCUAAGAUGUCCAUGGCGAUCACGGAGCAUGGCGGUGAGGAGCUGGUCCGCCACUACCAGGCCCAGGAGCUCAUCCCUCCACGCCGACCACUGCUGCACAACCUGCUGGACAAACAGCUCUCUGCAUGGGCAUCAGCCCAGGUGGUGAGUGGGGUCCUGAGUUUUGGACUGGGUCUGGUGUUUGCUACCACAGCUGAGUUCAACUCCUUUCUGAUCAUCCUCUUCAGAAUUCCCUUCCUGAACGGGGCACUGUUCUUCAUUGCAGGCCUGCUGUCUAACCUCCUCCACAGAGAGCCCAGACUGCUCCCGGUAUGUUUCCGUGCCAACCUGGCUUGUAUGGCCUGUGCUAUCGUUGGCACCGUGAUCAUGUGUGUAGACCUGGCUCUCAUGGAAAACACAACACAUAAAAAGACGGAGGUCCUGGUGCUGUGUGUGACGUUGGUCCAGAUGAUCUUGUCAGCUCUCCUCACCUUCUGGAUUCACAAGGAGCAGCUGCGUCUGAAACCUAGGGCUUAACACACACACACACACACACAUUCUCUCUCUCACACACACUGGCUUUCUCAUACAUAC